GAAGCGUUGGGAGCGGACUCGGACGUUGGGCUUCGUGGAUAGUGGGGCGGGAUGGAGAAGCGAGCCCGAGGCGGGAAGCCGCCCUCCAACCAGGCCUCUCAGCCGCCGCCGCCGCCUCGGAAAGAGAGGAGACCGAGCAUGUUCGAGAAAGAGUCUUAUGCACAAAUUUUAAGAGAAAGAUUGAGAGAAUCAUUUCAUGAUGUUCAGUAUGUAGAGCCUCCAUUUGAUGAUUCAAUUGCUGAUAUAGGUAAAGAAUGGAAGAGUGCCCUGGCAAAAUUAAAGUUUGCUAAUUCAUAUAGAAUGGAGCCAUUGAAAAAAUUCCAAGCUCAUUCAGUAGAAACUAAAAUCCAGCAGAUAUUGAAGGAAAGUCUUGAAGAUGUCAAGUACGAUGAUAAAGUCUUCUCUCAUUUGUCACUCGAAUUAGCAGACCAUAUAUUGUUAGCAGUCAAAGAAUUUGGGUACCACCGUUACAAGUUCAUUAUAAAAGUAUUAUUUAUUCAAAAGACUGGUCAGGCAAUAAAUAUUGCCAGCAGAUGGAUCUGGGAUGUUGCGUGGGAUAGCUGGGUUGCAGCUAAACAUGAAACUGAAACUUAUGUGGCCUUGGCCUUGGUAUUUGCUCUUUAUUGUGACUAGCUUGUUACAUGUACUAAAGAAUGGUUACUUCUCAAUUUUUCAAAAAUACAUGAAGUUUAUAGAUUUGUG